AACUGAACUAACUACCAAUUUCGGAAAGCUCCUCCAUCCUCAAUAAUAAAAAACUCGCUGCUAUCUUCUCUUCACAUUACACAAGCAUAGCUCAAAUUCUUCAUUUCUUCACCAAUGGAAUCCUCUCUUCUUCUUCGAUCCUUUCAAUGUACCCUGCACACUCAAGGUUUGACUGUUGGGAGGAAGCUGAUAUCGUAUCCAGUAAAGAGAGAUCGAAGACUAGUAUCCUGUGUUAAAACAUCUGAAGCUCCUGCAAUAGCCAAGACUGACGAUUCCAAUAAACAAGGGUCAUUGGAGAAGAAUUCUCAACGAAAUGCAACUUUUCCAAAUGGAUUUGAAGCAUUGAUACUAGAUGUCUGUGACGAGACCGAGGUUGCUGAGCUGAAACUUAAGGUUGGGGACUUUGAAAUGCAUCUGAAGCGGAACAUUGGGGUUGCAAAAGCUCCCUUUACAUCAUCAACACCACUAUCACCACCACCUAUUCCAACUCCACCAAUGGAGUUAUCAGCAGCUGUUUCUCCAGCACCAUCGCCAUCUAAAUCCUCUGUCGAGAAAACCACUCCCUUUACAAAUGUCUCCUUCAGGAAGUCAUCUAAGUUGGCAGUGUUAGAGGCUUCUGGAGCUAGUGGAUAUGUUCUAGUUGCUUCUCCAACUGUUGGCUCAUUUCGAAGGAACAGAACGGUGAAAGGAAAGAAGCAGCCGCUUAUCUGCAAAGAGGGUGAUGUGAUUAAAGAAGGACAAGUGAUAGGAUAUUUGGAUCAAUUUGGCACUGAACUUCCUGUGAAAUCUGAUGUGGCGGGAGAAGUAUUAAAGCUCCUCUUCAAUGAUGGAGAUGCAGUUGGUUAUGGAGACCCUCUUGUAGCUGUCUUGCCAUCAUUCCAUGCUAUCGACAAGUGACCAUACUGUCUCUGGUAACUUUGAUGCAAUUAUUGGGAAGCCCUGAAUAUUACGUUCGCUAUUGUAGGUCAGAUUGAAAAUUUUAAUUUCAAAUGAAUGGUAUCUUAACCAAAUAAUUUAUUCAAUUAUGAUGAAAAAAUCAGCAAAAGAAGAAAGUCACAAUCAAAUAUGAAAACACAGAGACAAAAUAUUAGAUUUUUUAUUUUAUAUUAGUGCUAAUAUUUUUGUAA